AUGGUUCAGAGAGAGCCGAUCCUAGUUGAGCCAGUGAUCGAUCCAGCCGAUGGCACCUACCACGACGUGAAGGAUCAAAUUCCUGUGGAUCCAGAGGAGUCGAGUGAUCCAAGAGAGCCUCAAAAGGCGUUCAUCAAAGACUCGUACCCCGAAUAUGUACCUGUUCCCGUGCUAGGGAGGAACAGCCCUGAGGAUGACUUGCUAACCUUGAGUAGUGGCUCGAGUGAAGCCAGUUCAGUGCUGGGGACUGAAUCUAGUAUUGGGCAUGAAUCGAAGCGCUCCAACUUCUUUCAACGCCUCCAAGCUAAAUACAACGCUUCCAAGCUAGCUGUCUAUGGUACAUGGACUAAGGAGAACCUGCAAUACAUCUAUGCUUUGAUCAUCAUCUUCGGUUUACCUUUCGGUAUCUGUUAUGCAAUUCCACAGACAGGUCUCAUCUAUGUCUUCUGGAUAAGUUCUGGUGCUCUUUUCCUGACAACACUUUGGUUGGUCAUUGAGGCUCUGGGCUCUAUUCCUCAUUGGUACUACAUCAACAAGCUGCAUCGUGAAGCCGGAACGGAUGAUUUGUGCAAGAAUAUCGGUGCUAUCAUCUCCGCCUAUCUUCCAAAUGAGAUUGAUACGAUCGAAGACUGUAUCCGGGCCGUAAUGAGUGUGGAUUUGCCCGAGGGAACUCAAUUUCGUAUCCUGGUUGCUCACAAUGGCGGCAAGCCUGAACAGGUCAAGUACUUGCGCAGUAUUAUUGCAAGUUUGGAGCCGCCUUCUGGUGUCACUGUCCAAGAUCACAAUGUGUUGUCCUCUAGCUCUAAAGCUCACAACGUAAAUUCAGCCAUCGACUACUUUGCGGAAACUAGUCCUCCUGAGGUUGUCGUCAUGUACGAUGCCGAUCAUCAGCCGGCCAAACACUCUGUGAUCCAUGCUCUUCAAACUCUCAAGCAUCGCAAUGCGGAUCUUGUGCAAGGUCGCUGUGUGGUCUCUCGUGGUUCAACAAACAUCGCUGCUGAGUUUGACACUAUUUACGCGGUUAACCAUGCGGGUGGUGCAUUCGUGCGUGGCUUUGGUAUCUUCGGUGGAAGCAAUGGCUUUUGGAAAUUUGAGCUACUCCAGCGAAUUAAGAUGGACGACACGAUGCUUACUGAGGAUGUGGAUUCCGGUUUUCGUGCCCUGGGAAGCGGUGCCAAAAUUGAGUUUGAUCCGACUGUGACCUCUCACGAGGAAUCGCCCAGUGAUCUAAAGGGUCUUAUGAAGCAACGAUGGAACGUUACAGCCCGCAAGAAGGUGGUGGGCGCUCCCGAGAAGAAGUUCGACCUUGUCGACGAAGAAGUGGCGGUUCCUACUCUAGCCUACGACGAGAACGACGAACCAGAUGUCACAGAUCCUCAAGAUGGCGAUGAAGAGGAAGAAGAAUUGCCUUCCAAUGUGCCUCCCACGGCGCCUCCGCCAUCUUACGUAUUUGCAAGUGGCCUUGAUCAGCAUUCCUCUGACGCCACUAAUAUUCAACAUGGGACAGCUGAUCUGGACCAACUUGAACGCGGCGAACUGAAGUCUGACAUGGGCGGACACACAAUGACAAAACCGAUGAUCUAA